CCAAGCUGCUCUGCUUCACAUUUUGUUGCUGGAAGAACUUGGUCAAUUGGCUGUCAAGCCAAUACGACCUGGAGCCACCACCCAAGAAUCGUCGAGUCUCGUGCACAAGGGCGCUUAGUUGCGCCCUUCCAGCUUGCACGUGAUGGGCCCUUUGAAAAUAUAUCAAGCUGGAGUUUUUUAUCCUCUCAAUAACACUAACACAUUCCAGCACAACGAACAAACAGCGCAAUCAAGAACCUAUCCUAUUGUGUUCUUGAAAGGCUGACAUGGAAUUGUUCCGCCAAUCAAGCUUGCCUAGUUUUAUGCCAUGGCGUCGAAACCGCCCAAAGGCCACUUCAACGUGCUGUACUUUGCCAGUGCCGGCUCGUAUACGUCCAAGCAGGUCGAGGCGCUGCCGGCGCCGCUGCCACUGAAGGACCUAUUUGGCGCACUCGAAUCGCGAUACCAGGGCUUUAGGGCGAGCGUGCUGGACAACAGCUUGGUCACGCUCAACCUAACGUACGUGGACAUGCUCGAGGGCGACGAAGACGAGAGCAGCAUCGUCAUAAUACAAGACGGCGACGAGGUCGCGAUCAUUCCUCCAGUCAGCUCGGGUUGAAAGGGAUGAGGAUAGGGGCAAGGUAGCUGCACGCACACAAUACAGUUGAAUAUGUACAUGAGAUGGAUAUCAACAACGUGAAAAGAAAAGCCGCUGCGGUCUCAAAGGUGCGAUGUGCGUGUUCAAUGUCUCAAGGUGCUAGCAAACGCUCCUCCCCGCUACCACUGCUCCCAUCACUACCGCGUAUAUCACUCCUGCUGCGACGAAUUGUCUUCCGCUGCCUCUCACGCAGGAGGACCCAGAGCCUCCAGUAGUGCAUAUUACGCCCCUCCACACUCCACCCUCCCGACGACGGCUCCCGGAGGGCACGGCGCACGCGCCCAACGGCCUGGUAGCUAGCUAGACGA